GGCGCAGGAGCGGGCGCAGCAGAAGCAGCGGCAGGAGCGGGAGGAGGAGGUGGAGCGGGAGGAGGCGCAUGUCGGGGGGCGGCGGGGCGGUGUGUGGAGAUGUUGGAGGGAGUUGCGCUGCAGCUGAUGCGGCUGCUAGGCGGAACGCUGUACGAGGCCAGUCGUGGCAGCAUCCUGGCUGGCUUCCCCUCCGCCCGCUCCGCAGUGCUGUGGCUGCUGCACACGCAGGCGCUGCUCGCUGCCGUACCCUGGGACCCUGCCGUACUGGCCUCGUCCGCAUGCGAGGUCAGGACGUACAAUGUGCGGCAGCAGCGGCUGGGGCCGGGGCCGGGACCGCAGGUGCCCGCGGGGGGCCCGCUGGGGUCACGACGGAUGCAGCAGGUGACCCUGGCUGCCCCCCGCGUGAGGGGCGCUGCGGACCUGGCGCACGUGCGGCCCGAGGUGCACCGCAGCACCGGGCGGCUCCUCAUACCGCAGCGCAGCCGCCAGCGCAUACUCAAGCUGCUGGCGGCGGCGCGGCCGGGACAGAUCGUGUGUACGGCGCUCGUCAAGACGGCAUUCGCCUCCGAAACCAACGCAACAGCCAGCGUUGCAAGCCCGGUUGGCUCCGCCGCCUUCUCUCCCACUGGCGGCGCCGGCGGAACGAUACCGGGCGUAGCUGCAGCAGCAGCCGCUGCCACCGCCGCCGCCGCAGCGGCGGGAGGUGGCGGCGGAGUGCCCCCCGGUGGAAUGCCGCCCGGAGCCGCGGCGCACCUCAGGCUGCAUGCAGCUGCCAUGGCUGGUAUCGGCUCCCCGCCGCUGCCGGCGUCCAGGUUCAAGCGCGCCGCGUUGUCCUUCCCCCGACACGCCUCCUCUCCGCCGUCCAUGAUAGUGGCCUCGCAGCUCGCGUCAGCAAUCCUGCCGCCGCCGGCAACGGAGGCGGGGGCUGCGGCUACGGACCCUGGAGAUGUGGGUCGCAUGGAGGCCACCGGGGUGCCGCCGCAGCAACCCGCGCCGCCGCCGGUGGAUAUGGUGGUAGCGGCGGCGGCGGCGGCGUCACCGAUGCUCGUACCAACGGCAAUGGCGGCGGUGACGGCCAUACCUCCUGACGCAGCUAGCAUCGCUCGGUCAUCUGGGCCGUCUACGCUUGCAUCAAUCUUGCGCUCUCAGGCGAUGUGGGAGGGAGCGGAUGCUAGUGAUGGGGAGGAUGGCGAUGAUGUGGGGGUUGGGCACAGAAUGGAGGUUGGGGGAAGGGAGGUGGAGUGUCGCGUGGAUGGCGGUGCUGCAGCAACGUCGGCGGAGGGUGAGGGAGGACCCGCUGCCGCCGUGCCGGAGAUCCGUGUUGGAGCUGCGUCAGGGGCUGAGGCUGAGGCUGAAAUGGGAGGGGCUGAAAUGGCGGCUGCUGCUUCUUCCGUCAGCAAUGUCAACACGACAGCUGAAUCGCUGGCCGGCGUUCAGGGGCACACAACAGCUGCAUCCUGCUCCCAGAGCGUGAAGAAGUCGGCGGCGGCGGCGGCAGUUGCCGCCGCCGCUACCGCGCCCGUACGGUCCCGCUCGCGUGGCGGCGUCGGCGGCGGCGUGUUCGAGAUUGAAGCAGCGGCCUCCGCGGCCAACAGCUUCACCUCCCUGUACAGCAACAACAGCGAAACCACCUCGGCGCAUCCGUUCGCCUCCGCCACCGCCACCGCCGCCGCUGCCACCGCAGCCACCGCCAGCAAUCCGCUGCUCAAGCUGCUCAUCCGGCGGGAAAACAACAUCGGCGGUCUGGGCGACGGCGCCAGCCUCUCCGCUGCAAUCAUGAACCUCCGAGGCAUGGAAGCCGUACGGUUCGUUGAGCAUGGACGAAAGGUACUCGAGCGGCUCGGCCUGCUGGUUCCGCCGCCGCCACCGCCGCCGCCGCCGCAGCCCGUAGGUGGUCUAGUGGCGGGUCGAACCGGCGCGACGCGCCGUCACUCGCUGUUCGCCCCCGCCGCCGCCGCAGUGGCGGGGCUGCUGAAGACGCCGGCUCGCUGGCCGGUUCGCUUCCUGGGCUCCAGCGCGAGCCAUCAGGAGCGGCAGGGGUCCUCGGAGGGCGGGGAGAGUGGUCGGGACCGGCUGGCGUUCGCAGCUGAGGGCAGCGUGGGGCCGCGGGGCAGCCUUGCGCGGCUGCAGCAGCUGGUGCAGCGAACCGGCUCGAGGCCUAACAGCUGGCUGAUGAGCUCGCCGCGUGCCGGUGCUUCCGUAACCGCGACGCCGGAUGGGGCGGGCGGCGGCAAGACCAGCGCCGGCGGCGGUGGCGGCGGCAAGAAGCGGUUGCGACGCAGCGCGAGCGCGGACCGUAGGCGGAACUCCGUGAUUAGCGGCGUGGAGGGGCGUGAGAGGUACGGCGGAAACGGCAGCGUCCGAGACGGGUACGGCAGUACGACAGCAGGCAGUACCGGUUUCGGCGUGGCGGCUAGCAUCGCUGCGCGUUGCCGCAGCGUGAUCAUGCCGUUUGAGCGGCGGGACCUCCGUCGGCUGCGGCUUUCUCAGGAGGCAUCCACGCGGCCUUCCAACACCGCCCCGUCCCCGCCUCAUGCCUCCGCAUCUGCCGGGGCUCCUGCUAGUGCUGCUGCUGCUGCUCCUGCUGCUGGUGUUGACGCUGCUGCCGGUGCUGCUGCCGCCAUGGCAGAGGACCUAUGCGAUACCCUAACCGGCUUGGACCGCUCCAGCACCGGACCCGCGCACCUUCGCUUGCUGUCUUGGGCCAUCCCCGCGCUUCUGAACCGCCCUCGCUCCGGCCUCUUCCAGGAACGGCCCCUCUCCGCUACCUCCGUCACCUCGGGCGCCCAUGUAACGCCUGCAGGCGUCGACGCCGCCGCCGCUGAGCGACGCCGCGGACGGCUGUACUCCUUCCUCGCCGGCGGCAGCAGCGGCGGCGGAGUACGUGAGCAGGCGCUUCUAGCCGCCAACCUGACUCCGCCGCCGCCUCCGCCUCCGCUGGGGCUCAGCGGCGGCGCCGCAGGGGGCAGUCGUCACACCGCGUCCGGCGGUAACCGCGGCGGGUUGCUGUCCGACAAGAGUUACAUCAAGCCGCAGCAGCUGCUGCUGCUGCAGCAGCAACAGCAGUUGCCGGUGCAGCCCCACCAGCAGUUGCAACAACAACAGCAGCAACAGCUUACGGGGCGGCGACGGUGGCGGGUCUCGAGCACUCUGGGGUACGGUACCAGCAGGCAGGGCGGUCGCCUCCGCACGGCAGCCGGCAGCGAUGAAGGUGCAGCCGCCACACCACCCGUGUCUGCGAUAGCGGAGAUAACCCACAUCGACAUCGAGCACGGGCUGGGUCCCCAGGCGCAACGCCGUCACCCGUCGCUGUCCUCCCUGCGGGAGCUCCUAGACAUGACGGCGCUGCGGAGACACCACUCCGCUGUCGUCGUCGCCUCCGCCGGCGGCGGCGGCGGCGGCGGCGGUUCCGCUGAGGCCGCCGCUCCCACACUUUACUCGCCUAGCCGGCUUCGACUUCCCGACUCGUUGCGGCAUGCUACCAGCAGCCGCAGCACCGACGGUGACAGCGACGCCGACAGCGAUGCUGACGGCGACGGCGACGGCGACGCCGGUGGCGGCGGCGACCGCGGCGGCGGCUCCCAGCGACGCACCAUCGCCGGCAUGCUGAGCGCCGGCUGGUCUCGAUUCGUGGGCUCCGGCUCGCACCCCCGGCCUCCUCUCCACCACCACCUCCUUCUCAUGCACCACCAGCAGCAGCAGCAGCCUCAACCUCACCCUCACCCGCAGCAGCAGCUUCCCACCCACCCCCACCGCCACCACCACCCCGCGCUGCCCAGUCCCGGCCAGACCUCCACCUCCAGCGGCGUGUGUCCUCAUCCCGGUGGGCCCGAUGUGGAUAUUGACGUGGAAGCCGUCACGCCGCGCACACCCGGGCCCGGCAGCCCGGCUCCUCUCCGCGGCACACCGACCCGCAGUGGCGGAGUGCCCGCUGGGUUGGGUCCUCCGCACGCGCGCGAGGGGUGUGUGGCGGCGCUGUCGCGGCUGAGUGUGAGCGCGGGGCCUGAGGGGCUCCGGCUGGCUGGCGUGCCCCGGGCGGUGCGGGAGGCGGCGGGCGAGACGGAGCGGUUGCUGGCCGCCCCCUCCUUGUACGCACUUGGGAUCCAUGAAAACCAUGAAAACCAUGAAAACCAUGGUCAGGCGGUGGAUGCUAGGGGUACUGAGCAUGGCGGAGGAGGAGCAGGGGCGGGUGUGGGAGUUGUCCGGGCCGCUGGUGGCGUCGGCGGCCGUGGCCACGAGGAAGGUGGAGCGGCGCAGCAGACGCUGGUGUUUGUGCGCGUGCCGCCGCCGCUGAGCGAGUGCCCGCAUGCCGCGGAGGUGCUGCAGGAGCUGCAGGCGACGGUGGUGCGGCUGGUGCGGCUGGAGCAGUGCGACCCACGGGUCACUGCGUCGCUGGGAUGCGGCGUCUACAUCUGCACGCUGGAGACGACCAACAUCUUCGGUCUGUCCGCCUACUCCUCCGAUGCGACCGAUGCGGAGGAGGGCGAUGCCAGCGGCGGCGGCGAGGCGACGGACGUGGCGGGGCGGGGUGCCUUCUUCGACUUGCGGCGGUGGAUGGGUCGCAAACCGGCGGGGGCAGGGAUGUCACGGCUGUCAGUCGCGUACGGCAGACGCAACACCAUGGUUUACUGAGGAGGCUAGGCCGGGGCAGAUGUGGGAGGCAGGGUAGAGGGGCUGAGCUAACCUUGUGAGCAGGCUGAUGAUGUGGUGGUAACGGAAGGGUGGUAACGGAAGGGUGGCUAUGGAGAAUAUGGAAAACAGGAAAGGGUAAUUCGAGUGUGGUUUGGGCGGUCAAAGACCAUACCGAAUCAUAGGAAACCACAGAUUGGGGCAAGACAAUGGGGAUAGUGUGGUUUGGGCGGGGGACGUCCUAGGUAUAGGAAAGGAGGAAGAUUGGAAAGGCACGGUCAGCGAAGAAUGGGCUCGUGUUAUUUGUUGUGUGUGGUAUGGUGAUGUGUUGUGUUGAGUUGGUGAAGAUAGUUGGUUUCUAUCAUGCUGUAUAAGGUGGGGGUAUGGGGUUGUGCGCCAGUGCGCCAGUGAGCAAUCCGUGAAAGCUGAAACCUUUAGACGCUUUCAGGGGUUCGUUGUACGGCAUAUCAGCUUAGGAAAGCACUCCGUUUGCUUCUCCUUGAAUUGUUGGUUUCUAGACAACUCGACCUCGCCUGACAAUCAUAUAGCGUGGGGCGCGUGUUGCACGCAUGGCUUCGAGGCCUGGGGGUUGCAAUACUUUAUCUGCAACCCGGGCGCGGCAAUGUCCAUUCAUGUGAUGCACGUGAUUGCGAGCAAAGCGCUUAGACGGACGGUUCAUGGUGCGGAGGAGCAAGGUGUCAGGAUUACUGGCAAGGUGACUGCUUGUACGUACCCGCAACAUUGGAAACUUACGUGUCUAGGCGUGUUGGACUUACUUGUCCAGACACUAGCUCUGGACCCAAUUCUCUUCGUGUUUGCGGUCUUGGAAUGGGGACCUGUUAGCUGCUACCUAUCUCAAGCCCAUCUUCUGGAGGGGGUGAGGGUUUGUUGCGAUUCUGCUAUAUGGCUGGAGGGGGUGAAGGUUUGUUGUGAUUCUGUUAAAUGUCGUGUGGCUGGAGUGUGUAAGCGUUUAAGCGUUUGCCGGGCUGUCACCAGGAGUGGCGUGGGCUGUCUUUAAUGGGGGACUUUAGUCGUAAUCGUAGCAAAAUUGCAUAGCCCAAAGCCGCAAGUGUGCUUGGCUGGGUCAGCAGCAGCAUGCAAGGCGCCGGUAUAUGGGCGAGUCAAUACCAACUACGCCGGUGUACUGGUCAGGUAUGGAGCUAGUGACGGUAUACAGAGACGUUGAUUGAGGUCUGUUGUUUUUGUGGUCGUGCUGGCGCAUGCGAGGGCAAUGACCUCUUCCAAGCACUAAAAUAUGAGUACGCCCUGGCAUAUCACGUCGAAGGGUUGGGUCUGCUACCCAUCUUUUAACCUAUCAGUGACUUU